UUUUCAUUUUUCCAUUUGCCGUCACUUUUAUUGGGAGCUGUUGGUUAGUUCAUCUCUUCCCUGUUCGUUCUUCCUUCCAGAAUAAUUGUAAUGACUUCUGCAAGUGCAAACGAGAAUUGCCUUGGUUGGGCAGCGAGAGAUCCGUCUGGAGUUCUUUCACCUUAUGAAUUCAACCGGAGGGCAGUCAGCAGUGAUGAUGUUCUGCUAGACAUUGCAUUUUGUGGAAUGUGUUUUGCUGAUGUUCUCUGGACCAGAAAUAUACUUGGAACUUCAAAAUAUCCUCUUGUGCCAGGACAUGAAAUUACGGGAAUUGUGAGAGAGGUUGGUACGGAUGUUAAGCACUUCAAAGUUGGCGACCUUGUUGGAGUUGGAACAUAUGUUAAUUCAUGCAGGGAAUGUGAAUAUUGUUGUGAUGAAUUAGAGGUUCAUUGCUCAGAAGGAGCAAUAAACACUUUUGAUGGUAUAGACGUCGAUGGUACAGUUACUAAAGGGGGAUACUCCAGUUACAUUGUAGUCAAUGAAAGGUACUGCUUUAGAAUACCUGAAAAUUACCCGCUUGCAUCUGCAGCACCUUUACUAUGUGCUGGAAUUACUGUUUAUACUCCGAUGAUAAGACAUAACAUGAACCAACCGGGGAAAUCUUUAGGUGUCGUUGGAUUAGGUGGUCUAGGCCACUUAGCAGUGAAGUUUGGAAAGGCUUUUGGAUUAAAAGUAACGGUGUUCAGUACAAGUAUAUCUAAGAGAGAAGAGGCGAUAAAUGUUCUUGGAGCAGACAAGUUUGUAAUAUCAUCGGAUGAACAGCAGAUGAUGGCGCUGAGUAAGUCGUUUGACUUCAUUAUUAACACUGCUUCUGGAGAUAUCCCAUUUGAUACAUAUUUGUCGCUGUUAAAGACUGCUGGCGUUCUUGUUCUUGUUGGCUUCCCAAGUGAAGUGAAAUUUAUUCCAGGAAACUUAAUCCUCGGUAUGAAGAGCAUCGUUGGGAGUGUAACGGGUGGAACAAAGCAGACACAAGAAAUGCUGGAUUUCUGUGCUUCCCACAAAAUUUAUCCAGAAAUUGAGAUAGUCCCCAUUCAGUAUGUCAAUGAGGCACUCGAAAGGUUAAUGAAGAAGGAUGUCAAAUAUCGCUUUGUAAUUGAUGUAGCUAACAGCAUCAAGUAAAGGUGGGAGGAAGAGUAUGUUCUCAUGAACUGAUUUAAUUAAACGUCGCAAAAUCUCACAUGAGCAUUCAUGUGGCUGUUAUACCACAGCUAUAAAGAAGCCUAUUCCCUUUCGCGCAUCAGCGUAGUGUUUUUAAAAAAGUAUUUUUUAAGGUCCAAGGUAUAAGGGAAUGAUAUUAUACAGGCUAUACUAGAUAGCAAUGUUCAUGCUCAUCUUUUUGUUACUUUGGUCGUGCUUAUGAUGUGAGAUUACAGUGGGUAUGUUGUUGUUGUUGAUGACUUGACGUUGUUUGGUUGUGCCUAUCAUCUUCUCUGUCUCUUUAUAUAUUGCUAUAAUUCAUUCCAAA